CUUUGACAAUAUAUAAACCAGGUGAUGACCUCUCUCAACCUCGUUUUCGCAGGUUAUCCCAAGCCCGUGCAGUCUCCUUGUGAACUACCUGCAACGCCAUCAUGUUUCUUUCUCAUCUCGUUAUCUGCUUUCUGCUGUCGCUGGCCGACGCAUCACCUUUGGUCAGACGGCAAAAUGUCGACUGCGCGCCGGAUUCGCCGACUGGAUUGAAGGCGGAGUGUUGGGAAAGUCUUGGUGUCGACAAGUUCAUUCAAGAUUGGAUGGCCGCAAAUGCAACGGCAGCCGACUGCGGUAACCUCGGGUUUGCUCAGUGCUAUUUACAGUUCAACGGCUUGACGACCUUGACCUGCGAUCUCAUUACCUCAUCGACAUGCCCCCCACCGUCGUCGUCAGUCGAAUACUCCAGCAAUCAACAUUUCUAUGUGCUUUGGAACAUCUACGCCGUUUACCAGUUCUUCAACCAGUACUCACAAGCCAUGAGCAAUGGUGUUGGCCUCGCUGGGCAGACGGUUGGCAAGAUCGUCUCUGCUGUCGCUCCUCCGGUCGAGGCCAACGAGCCAGAGAGCGCGCUCCUGGGCGUACUGACUUCGACGAUUGGUAUCGUCAGUACAUUCGCCGGCGUGAUUCCCGGCGGCGCCGGCACGGCCGUCAACCUCAUCGCUGGCGGCAUCUCGCAGGCGCUGGAAUUCAACAAGGGGGUCUCCGAUGCUCUCCUGAAGCAAACGGCGAACGACCGCUUCAUCCAGCUCGGCGACAUCUCCGCCUCGCUGGCCGAGCUUGUAGCAGACUAUCAGCUCAACCUGCUUGAUGCAGUGUCAAAGAUCCAGCGUGACGACGCUACAUUCCGUGCAGCCUGCAGCACAGGCGGCUUCUCGCAACGCAUCACAACCUCCCUCACUAUCCAGUCGAACGAGCUCUAUCGCCAGCUCCAGCUUUUCGUCCUGUCCAGCACGCUCCGCGCGAACGGCAUCGUCUCGGCCAAGAGCACCGGCCUCAGUGCGCUGCAGGUCGCGACAGAGACUGACCAGAUAUCCUGCACGGCGCUCAGCCCCGGCGGGUUCUGCAACCAGUGGUGGAUCGACAACGAGGGCAACACGUACUCGUUCCACAACCCUGGCGACACGGCCAACACCCACGUGGCGCUGACCGCGAUGAUUGUGGACGAAGGGUGGGCGACGCUGGACCAGGUGUUCAAGGUCGAGGCGUGCGCGGGCCAGAAAACCGCGUUCGACCCAGCGACGCUCGGCCUGGGGUGCAUCGCGACGCACGGCUUCUGCGAGUGGAACUACCAGCCCGACCUGGCGCAGACGAGGGCUCAGCCGCAGUUCAAGAACUGCGACAAUGACCCCAACUGGGGCACACUGUGCAGCAGCUUUGAGGAACGGAUUCUGAUUCCGGAGUCGUACCUCGGGCCUAUUUUGAAGCCGGAUAAGAACGGGUUCAGCCAGUUUUGCAAGAGCCUGUAACGGAUGAUCCUCUAGGGGGGUGGAGCUCCGUGCUGGAAAUCUGUAUCGCAUCCUCUCGAAGUCCGCAACAAAAGGAUACCACAACUCUUAUCUAGCUCUAGACUUGAUAACUCUGCAGGUCUGAGAUUGCUAGGUUUGGACACUUGUAGAUAUACAAUCGAGACACCUGCGACCUUCUCAGCGGCAUUGCUGUGCUGAAUAUGGCACAAAGUCCUUCGUGUCCCAACAUCUUGCCGCCCAUAGUUUGUCUUUGCUCCGGGGUCUUGAGAGCCCCAGUGGUACUAUUGGUCGUUGCCGUCAUCCCCGUGACACUGCUAUAGUAUGCAUCAAUGUCGCGGCAGACUUUAUAGUACAUAAAUAAGUGCGGAGGGGUUGAUGACUCGAACAAUUCGUGCUGGUGUUCGUAGCCCUGGG